AUGGCAGCUUUCACCAAUGUGUAUGGAGAAAAUACUGAAGAAAAGACAACACUCCCCCUUCAGAAAGAGAAGUCUUGGGCGCAACCCUAUCCCCUCUACCUAUUUCAAGAUUUUUGGUGCCCAGGAAUUCAUAUCGACGCAGUACAACGUUUCCAACAACACUUUCAGUCAAAGGAGAGUGAUGUCAUUGUUGCUAGUUUUCCAAAAUCAGGAACUAUCUGGAUGAAAGCUCUUGCUUUUGCCAUUUCCAACCACCAACGUUUCUCUUCCUUGGAGGGUCAUCCAUUGCUCACUUCCAAUCCUCAUGAACUUGUGCCUUUCAUGGAAUUUACCUUUGGGCCUGAUGAUAUUCAGGACCAUAUUCUUCGCCUAGCCAACAUGGCUGAGCCAAGAAUUUUUGGCACUCACACUCCAUUCCCUUCCUUACCCAAGUCAAUCAAGGACUCUAAUAUUAAGGUAAUUUAUAUCUGCAGAGACCCUUUUGACAACUUUGUUUCUGCAUGGGCUUACUUCAACAAAAUCAAGCCAGUGUCUUUCCCUCCAGUCUCAAAAGAGGAAGCUUUUGAAAUGUACUGCAACGGGGUUGUUGAUUAUGGUCCAUGGUGGAGUCAUAUGUUAGGCUAUUGGAAUGAGAGUGUAGCCAAACCAAACAAAGUCAUGUUCAUGAAGUACGAGGAUCUUAAAGAGGAUACAAGUUUUCAUGUCAAAAGAAUUGCUGAGUUCUUAGGGGUCCCUUUCACUGAAGAAGAGGAGAGUAGUGGAAUGAUUGAAAACAUAAUCAAGCUUUGCAGUUUCGAAAAGAUGAAGGAUUUGGAAGUGAAUAAAUCUGGGGUGAUUGGUAGAGGAAGCAUUGAGAAAAAAAACUUUUUUCGAAAGGGAGAUAACGGAGACUGGGUAAACCAUUUUUCUCCACCUAUGACAGAAAAAUUAUCCAAAAUAGUUGAUGAAAAAUUAAGUGGUUCGGGUUUAUCAUUUAAGAAACAUUCUUAA